GCAUAAAGAUACAAACACAAUCGACAGCAUGCACGUUAUAUCUGUAAAUAAAUGACAUUGUAUAUGAAUAAUAUAAAUAAUUAUACGUAUGAAUCUUAUGAUAGGAGUAUGUAAUAAAUAAUACGUGGGUGACAAUUAAAUAUAAGUUAUUUCAACUAUUGAAAUCGACAUAUUCUUUAUGUGUCAUAAAAGGAUAAAUAUUGCACGAUGACUACAGAGGCAGUUUACAACUAUUUAAAAAAGCAGAAUCGACCAUACAGUGCAAUUGAUUUAGCAUCUACAUUGGACAAAGAAAAACACGGUAAAUCUGCAAUUCAAAAAUCUUUGGAUAAACUUGUUGACAGUGGCAAAAUUUUUGUAAAAGUAAAUGCAAAACAAAAGGUAUACUGUGUAAAACAGGCGUCGAAUCAAAAUUUAGAAGAAUUAAAAAGAAUAGAAAGAGAAUUGCAAACACAUUCUAAUGAGCAAAUUAAAAAAUUACAAGAACUGGAAAAUGAAGUUCGAUCACAUGAAGUCACUUUAAACUCUCUCAAAUGUGGCAUGAGUCUUGAAGAAGCUCAGAAACAACAAAAACGAUUAGAAGAAGUUACUGGAAAACUUUCUACAAUGUUAGAUGAGCUUAUGGAGUCUUCAGGUACAGAAGAUUUGAGUGAAGUCAAGAAAAAAGCAGAAAGUAGUCUUAGUUUAUACAAUCGUGAGUACACCAAGAGAAAACGCAUGUGUAAUGAUGUUCUUGACUGCAUAUUAGAAAGCUACCCAGGUACCAAAAAACAAUUAUUUUCAGAAAUAGGGAUCAAUGUAGUUUAGCAUUAUGGUAGUAGAUAAAUAUAAAUUUGGAUGUAUAAUAGUUUAAGAAAAAAAAUCAUAUUUAUAUAGUUUAUUUUUUUAGUUUUAUAAUGUAAAAAGUGUUUGAACAUUAAAAACGAAAAGGAAAGAAAACUCUAAUUGCAAAUGUAUAUAAUUAAUAAUCAUUGAGAGAACUUAUAAAUCUAAUACGGAUUUAAUAAAUUGAUAUGAACAUUAUAAUACUACAGAAA